UUUCUUUUUCUUUUUUCUUUUUAGAGAAAGAAGAAAAGAAUACGUUUGUUGUCAGCUCUCCUCUGGUAGAAGUUUUUCUUUUUCUUUCUAUACUUUCUCUCUCUAAAACUCUACACACUCUUCCUCCCUUUUAAGAUAGAGAUAUAUGCCAUAUGCGCUUUCCUUUUUUCGGUUCUCUGUCCCAUUAUAUGCGCAUUGUCACUGUCGUUGAAGAGAGAGAAACAUUGAUCAAUGGCUUCAUCGUCGACCAACACUUACGAUCUCUCGUUCAAGAUCUUGUUGAUCGGCGAUUCUGGCGUCGGUAAAAGCAGUCUUCUAGUCAGCUUCAUCUCUAACUCUGUCGAUGAUCUUGCUCCUACAAUCGGUGUGGAUUUUAAAAUCAAGCUGUUCACAGUUGGUGGGAAAAGAUUGAAGCUUACAAUUUGGGACACUGCUGGACAGGAGAGGUUCAGGACAUUGACAAGCUCUUAUUAUAGAGGAGCCCAGGGAAUCAUUCUUGUUUAUGAUGUGACACGGAGGGAAACUUUUACAAAUUUGUCGGAUGUAUGGGCUAAAGAAGUAGAUCUUUACUCCACUAAUCAGGAUUGUGUCAAGAUGCUUGUUGGAAACAAAGUUGAUAGGGAAUCCGAAAGGGCUGUAAGUAGAGAAGAAGGGAUUGCUCUUGCAAAAGAGCAUGGUUGUUUAUUUCUAGAAUGUAGUGCUAAAACUCGAGAAAAUGUGGAGCAGUGCUUUGAACAGCUUGCGUUAAAGAUAAUGGAAGUUCCUAGUCUUUUGGAAGAAGGAUCAACUGCAGUGAAGAGAAACAUCUUAAAACAGAAACAAGAAUACCAGGCGCCUCCUAGUACUGGUUGUUGCUCAUAAAGUGCUGCAUCAAAUACCACAAUGUGAAAAGAUACAUAUGAAAUGGAGGUGCAAAUAGCAAAUAAGGAGUACGACUUUUCCCCUUCACAAUUCAUGACCGAAUUAUGUACAUGAUAAUUUCUUCUCUUAUAUUUUACUGUUGUUUUGUGCCCAAAAAGAAAAAAGAAAUGGUCUAGUUUGUGUAAAGUUGUCUUCCUUUUCUCUACUGGGGAAAAAAAAAUGAAGAAGUUGUCUGCCUUUUCGGUCUUUGUUCUCACAAGAUGUUAUGGAAGAAAAAUUGCAUGUAAUUUCAUUUGGUUUGAUGCCUGUUUUUUUUUUCA